UCCAAUUGACCUGGUUGGCUAACAUACAUCAUGCCAGCUUUGAUAAUGAAGUUUAAAACAUGUUGGAAAAGAAAAAACUCAGAAUCGCUAAAAUGCCUCACAGUUCACCUGACUUCAUCGCUCACGCCCAAAAGGAGGUGUCAGUUUCCGUUGCUCCCCAUCACAUCCCUUCCCUAAUUCUCUUCUGGCUUUACGGUUUCUCUUCUCAUGAGUAGGAUUCAAAACACCAACUACGACGAAGCUUAUUCAAAUAUAACACCAGGAAGAGAACCAGAUGGUGAAGAGCACUCGACAAUCCGCCAUGCAUGUUGCCAGAUGGUUCUCAGAUCUCGAUUGGAGACUUCUCUUUUUAAUCGUUCCUCCUCUUUCUUUAAUCGUUUUUCUCUAUGUAUCUGCUACACCCAUCAGUCCUUUUUCCACUUUCGCCCCUCUUGCUUCCUUUUUCUUCAACGGGACCUUGAAUUCUCGCACUUCAGCUGAUGAUCCAUGUCUGUUGCCGCUGAAUCGAAGUCGGGCGGUGGGGGUGAGGUCGUGGAAGGAUGAAUUAUACCGGUCAAGAAUGGCGGUUUGUUUGGUAGGCGGGGCUCGGAGAUUCGAGCUUACUGGACCAUCAAUUGUGGAGAAUAUUCUAAAUGUCUAUACAAACUCAGACCUAUUUUUGCACAGUCCUCUAGACGAAAAUUCAUUCAAGUUCUCGCUAUUGAAGGUCGCCCCCAGAAUAGCUACCGUCCGCCUUUUUCAGCCGAAACCCAUACCGGAAACCGACGCUGAGGUCCGAGUUCUCACCGCUGCAAAUUCCCCAAAUGGCAUCCAGGGGCUAUUGCAGUACUUCAAUCUCGUAGAGGGAUGUCUAACAAUGAUAGAGGAGUACCAAGCCCAACACAACUUCAAAUACGACUGGAUAGUCCGUACCCGAGUUGAUGGCUACUGGAACGCCCCACUUGGCCCACAGAACUUCAUCGCAGGUCACUACCUGAUCCCACCGGGAUCCACCUACGGAGGCCUCAACGACCGCCUCGGUGUUGGCGAUUUAAACUCCUCCAAGGUCGCCCUCUCGCGUCUCUCUCUCAUCCCGGAACUUGACUCCGCCGGGUUACGCAUGCUCAACUCGGAAACCUCCUUCAAGGCUCAACUCACCACCCAAGGCGUUCCCUUCGUCACCAAGCGCCUGCCUUUCUGCAUUGUGACGGACCGCAAGUACGGGUUCCCCCCGUACCGGUUUGGUGUUCCUGUGGCAGCAUUGUCGAGUCCGGGUCCGCUGAGUGGCGCCAAGUGCAGGCCGUGCACGCCUUUCUGUGAAGGGAGCUGCGUUGCAGGCGUAAUGCCAUUGCUUGAUAAGGGUUGGAGCUGGACUAAUUGGGAAAAUGGGACACUGAAGCUGUGUGAUGCUCGUGGUGAAUGGGAAAAGGGGUGGGAGAAGAUUUUUGACAAGGUUGCGGGGAAGAAACGCGCCGCCGUGAGGAAGCGGAUCUCGGGUCUGAAGCUGAAGCAAUGCGUGAAUGAUUUCAAUGAAAUGAAGAGGCGGAGUUCCAAGUGGGAGUCUCCUCCGCCGGAGGAGAUAUGUAAGUUGGGCAUUGGAGAGAAUUAAGGGGUUGGUCUUGGAUUGUUGUUAGAGGUAGGCUGUAAAAACAUAGAAAGAAACUAGGAGGUUAUUUUUUUUUGGGUUA